ACAGGACUAAUUACGCUUGCAUCAGUCUACUCGCAAAUGCUACUCGUCUGAGAGUGUGUUCUCCCACGCUGCUCCAGGAACAUUCAAUUUUCUCACGAAUUUACCGUUAUUCAUUGUUCUGCCCCACAAUUUCCAUCAAAAUGGAGAAGAAAAACGGACACACAAUGACCGAUUCGGUCUCCACCGACGACAUCUUGGAGAAGAAUGGAAAGAAGAAGAAAAGCUGUAAAGACAAGUUGAUGAGAUUUUUGAAUAGGAAUAUGUUAGUGAUAAUGACGGUGUCUGGAGUUCUAGUAGGCGUCGGCCUCGGAAUGAUGGUUCGGAAUAUGAACCUAACCCGGGCGCAGAUGACUUAUUUUGCUUUCCCCGGUGAGAUGCUUCUGAGGAUGCUGAAGAUGAUUAUCCUUCCUCUGGUCGUGUGCAGCCUGAUCUCCGGCGCCGCCAGCCUGGACACGCGCUCCCUGGGGAAACUAGGAGGCAUCGCGGUCUCCUACUUCCUGGUGACCACACUCAUCGCAUCGGGAAUUGGUGUGUCCCUCGCCUUCAUUAUCAAACCGGGAGUCGGUGCCGGGGCUCUGAACACAAAUAAUCUAGGUCUCGAGAGCGUCAAUAACAACAAGGAGACCACGGAUUCGUUUUUAGAUCUUGCAAGGAAUUUGUUCCCAGCUAACCUUGUGGCUGCAGCAUUCCGUUCUUAUGCCACUGAUUACAAGAUGGUCGCCGUGGGAAACGACACCAAUGGAACCAUCCUCUACCAGAAGGUUCCUGUGGGCACAGAACCAGAUGGUAUGAACAUCUUGGGCCUGGUUCUCUUUGCCAUGGUGUUCGGUGUGGCACUGAGGAAGCUGGGAGAGGAGGGGGAGGAGCUCAUACGCUUCUUCAACGCUUUCAAUGAAGCCACCAUGGUGCUGGUGUCCUGGAUCAUGUGGUACGUCCCGUUCGGCAUCAUGUUCCUGGUGGGAAGUAAGAUAGUGGAGAUGGAGGAUGUGGUUCUGUUGGUGACCAGUCUGGGGAAAUACAUAUUUGCCUCUGUCCUGGGUCAUAUCAUCCACGGGGGGGUUAUCCUGCCUCUCAUCUACUUUGGGUUCACACGCAAGAACCCCUUCAGCUUCCUGUCCGGCCUCAUCACGCCCUUCACCACCGCCUUCGCCACCUGCUCCAGCUCGGCGACCCUGCCCUCCAUGAUGAAGUGUGUAGAGGAGAACAACGGAGUGGACAAGCGGAUCAGUCGUUUCAUCCUUCCCAUCGGAGCCACCGUCAACAUGGACGGGGCGGCCAUCUUCCAGUGUGUCGCGGCUGUCUUCAUCGCUCAGCUCAACAACAUAGAGCUCAACGCCGGUCAGAUCUUCACCAUCCUUGUGACAGCCACAGCGUCCAGUGUGGGCGCAGCGGGCAUCCCAGCCGGGGGCAUCAUCACCAUCGCCAUCAUCCUGGAGGCUAUCGGCCUGCCCACCAACGACCUGUCACUCAUGCUGGCCGUCGACUGGAUCGUGGACCGCACCACCACCGUAGUGAACGUGGAGGGAGACGCCCUCGGGGCAGGGAUCCUCCACCACAUCAACCAACAGGAGAUGAAGAAACAACACCUGGGGGAGGAGCUAGCGGAGGUCCUGGUGGAAGCGGUGGCCAACACCCAGGCUGACGAGGAGACCUCCCCGCUCGUCACGCACCAAACCCUGGGUUCAGCAGGCGACCAAUCCCCCAGGGAGACCGCGGAAGCCAUUGAGUCUGUCCUGUGAACUCGUAAAACAACUGUGAAUUCUGUCUCUAUGGUUACAAUCAGUGGUGGCUGGUGGCACUUCAAUUCGGAGGACGGGCUCAUAGCAAGGGCUGGAACGAAAUGAAUUGAAUCGUAUCAAAACACAUCAAAUAUAUGUUUUUUUUUUCCAUUCCAGACAUUAUUAUUAGCCGUCCUCCCCUCACCAGCCCCCUCUGGUGUCUAAGGUUACGAUGCUGCUGCUGCUACUCGUGACACGACCGAGUCAACCGAAUCGUCUCUGAAUCAACUCGGAUCACCUUUACCAUACCUCUUAAAACAGUUCAUGAGUCAUUUCACUUGGUUAGUUUUAUAUAGUGGUACUUCCUAUUUGGAGUAUUCUAAGAGUGUAUUUAAAAGCCACAGGAAGGUUAGCCUCGCCCUUUACAAUGAAUCCAGGCUGCUUUCUGGUUUUGGGUGAGAGUGGUCUGAAUCUAAAAAGGGGAAUCUCUCCUAACCAUGACAUGGCUGUGACCUCACAAGGCAGAUGGGAAGGAGAAUCAUUUUUACUAACUGACCUGGAGUUUUUUGUUUGUUUUCUGUCGAUAGUCAACACAGAACGUGAAA